AUGGCCUCCGGCUCCAAGCAGCUGAAGUCUAGUCUCCUUGUGGUAGCAGCUCUGCUCCUCCUCAUCUGCAUCUGCACUACUAUGGGGCAAGCAGCAAGGCCGGAACCUGGAUCAAAGGACCACAUGCCACAGCGCGCUGUCUCCGCCGCCGGUGUUGCUGGCCAUGAGAAGAGUGGCUCAGCGGCCGGGGUGGAAAUGCAUCAAGAUGAGCCGGAGGAAAUGAGAGAAUGUGAGGACGACGGAGACGAACGGGAGGAGUGCCUGAUGAGGAGGACGUUGGUCGCUCACACCGACUACAUCUAUACCCAGGGGAAGCACAACUAG